AUGUUUCAAGGAGGUGUAGACGAACUUAUUCCACUGAUGCAAAAGAGCUUACCAGAGUUGGGUUUGGACAGAAAAGACUGUACCGAAACGAGUUGGAUUGGCUCAGCUGUCUUCGCGAAUGGUGUGUUGAAUGGAUCUGUAAUUAGCAAUGAACCCCCAGAAGUUUUGUUGAAUAGAUAUCAAAGUGAUUUAGUGAAAUACAAAGGAAAAUCUGAUUGUGUUGUGAAACCCAUUCCUGUUGAUGGAUUACGAGGGUUAUGGCGCAUGCUUUUUGACAAUGAGAUUGAAAUAGCUCAGUUCGAAUUGGUUCCUCAUGGAGGCAGAAUGGAUGAGAUUUCGGAAUCCGAAAUUGCAUUCCCAUUCAGAUCUGGAUACAGAUUUCAUAUUCACUAUGUGGUCGUUUGGGAAGAGGAAGGGGACGAGGCUGCUCAAAGGCAUAUAAAUUGGAUUAGAAGAGUGUAUAACUAUAUGGAACCUUACGUUUCAAACUCUCCUAGAGCUGCAUAUGUGAAUUACAGAGACCUUGACUUUGGGGUGAAUAACAAUGGCUACACAAGCUACGACCAAGCCAACAAAUGGGGUGUCAAGUAUUUCGGUAACAAUUUUAGGAGAUUGGCUAUAGUGAAGACCAGGGUUGAUCCUAACAACUUUUUUAGAAACGAACAAAGCAUUCCUACGCUGUUCGAGGAAGGAGAUUAA